AUGGCGAAGCGGAGGGGCAUGCUGCGUGGGGAGGCCUGUGCCGUCUGCCUGGGGCUCUGCGGGGUGGCGCUGGCCCUGCUGCUGGUGCGGGCCUACGUCCUCCGCUCCCCGCCGGGCCCGCGGCUCUGGUGGCGGCGAGUCGCGCUGGGCUUCGAGCUCAGCGCCCGCGACAGACAGGAGCUGAAGGAGGCGCUGAGAGGUGCCAUCAAAAUCCAAACAGUCUCCUUCUCUCCAGAGGACCAAAAUACAACAGCAUUGGCAGAAUUUGGGAAUUAUAUUAAAAAAGUUUUUCCUGCUGUAUUUUCUACCAAGUUCAUUCAACAUGAGAUCAUUGGGGGAUACAGCCAUCUCUUCACUGUCCAGGGUUCUGACCCCCAGCUCAUGCCCUACAUGCUGCUUGCUCACAUGGAUGUAGUCCCAGCUUCCCAAGAGGGGUGGCAUGUCCCUCCUUUCUCGGCUAAGGAACUUGACGGUUUCAUCUAUGGACGAGGAACAGUGGACAACAAAAAUUCUGCUAUAGGUAUUCUGCAAGCUCUAGAAUUCCUGCUGAGAAGACACUACAGACCUCGCAGGUCUUUCUAUAUUGGCAUUGGACAUGAUGAAGAGGUAUCUGGUCAUAAGGGAGCAAUGAAGAUUGCAGCUCUGCUGAAAACUAGAGGAGUGAAGCUUUCUUUCCUGCUAGAUGAGGGAAGCGUUAUCUUAGAUGGGUUCUUGGUGGGAAUAAAGAAUCCAGUAGCAGUAAUAGCUAUCACAGAGAAGGGUUCAAUUACAGCGAACUUCAGUGUGGAAAAAGAGCAAGGUCAUUCCUCUGCCCCUCCUAAGGAGACGAGUAUCGGUAUUCUUGCAGCGGCAUUGUCCAGGUUGGAGCAGAAUCCCAUGCCCAAUCUGUUUGGCCAUGGACCAGAAAUCAUGAUUCUUGAGCACUUGGCUUCAGAGUUCCGUUUUCCUCUCAAUCUCGUCAUGACCAACCUGUGGCUGUUCUCGCCCAUCGUCAGCAGAAUUUUCGAGCAGAAGCCCUCCACUAAUGCCUUGAUUCGGACCACCACAGCAAUCACCAUGUUUAAUGCAGGAAUCAAGUCCAAUGUCAUCCCACCUUCCGCAAAAGCAACUGUGAAUUUUCGGAUCCACCCAUCACAAAAGGUUGAAGAGGUGCUAGAGAUAGUCAAAAACACUAUUGCUGAUGACAGAGUAAAGAUACAUCUCCAGGAAGCCUUUGACCCACUCCCUAUCAGCCCCUGGGAUAAUGAUGUCUUUGGAGUCCAGAUUAUCCAAAGAACCCUACUGGAUGUUUUCCCCUAUGUCAGCAACGUAGCUCCAGGUAUUUGUAUUGGAAACACAGACAGCCGGCACUUCACUAAUCUCACAGAUGCCAUUUAUCGAUUUAACCCACUAGUAUUUAAACCGGACGAUUUACCCAGAGUCCAUGGCUUGAAUGAGAGGAUCUCAAUUGAGGGCUAUGAGAAACAAGUGGAGUUUCUCUACCAGCUGAUUCAGAACUCUGAUAUCGACAAGCUCCCAGAGCCUCAUGCAAACUCCCAUGAGCUGUGAGACAAAAGAAAUGGGGAGAGGAGCAACUAUCGAGGU